CCACUGUUGACUGGACACGCCAUCCAACUAAAAAGUAUCCGAUAUUCCAGCUGGCGUUUUGCCUUCAGGCUACCAUGUAACGUCCACGCAAAGUGUUGAUUUUAAACUUUCGCGAGGAAAACUUUUUAGAAUUAUUUUAUGCACAGGGUGUCACAUCACCAAACUUUACUCAAAUUGUGGAGAUAAAAUCAAAGCGUAAAAUGAAGGAUGGCGGAGGAGAGUGUCACCUAUAGAACCACGGGCUCUGUGCUGCUGUCUCCACUCAGCGACCUCCUCAGAAUUCCGUUGGAUCAGGUGAACUUCUUAUUCUGCCAGUUUUUUGGGCUUGCGGUGGCCUGCUGGUUCCGGCGUUCUCUGAGCCACCAGCGUGUGGGUGCUGGGGUCCGGCAUGGCGUGGCCGCUCUACUGGGUGCCUUCUUUGCCAUAUUCUGCUUCGGGUGGUAUGCCUCACAUCUUUUCAUCAUGGUGGUGGCUUGCUAUGCAAUCGUGGUCCUGGCAAGUCAGGAAAACAUACACAGGUACUCCAUGAUGGCUGCUAUUGGCUACCUCACUGUCUGCCAGGUCAGCCGCGUCUUCGUGUUCAACUACGGCAUCCUGUCCACGGACUUCUCAGGGCCGCUGAUGAUAGUUACACAGAAGAUCACUACCCUUGCAUUUCAACUCCAUGAUGCCACGUGUAAAGAAGACACUCUGACAGCGGAACAAAAAGAGCAGGCUGUGGUGUCCAAGCCCUCAUUGCUGCAGUACCUGAGCUACAACCUGAACUUCUUCAGCGUGCUGGUGGGGCCGUGCAGUAACUAUAAGGACUAUGUGGCCUUCAUGGAGGGCCGUCACCUGCAGCACCGACUCCACCGGCCAGGCGCCCCCGCCACACCUCUACACAACGGCUGGGACAAGGUCCCCGAGCCUUCGCCUGUUGGUGCUGUUAUCCAUAAGUUGGUGAUCUGUGCUGGAUGCCUGGUGGUGUUCUUGACACUCAGCAAAGCCUUCCCCUUCGAGUACAACAUCAACCCCCACUUCACCAGUGAAGCCCCCUUCCUAACCAGGCUGGCCUAUGCCUACGUGUCCGUUCAGGCAGCCAGGCCCAAGUUCUACUUUGCCUGGAUGUUAGCGGAUGCAAUGCACAAUGCAGCUGGCUAUGGUAUCAAAGGCUUAAAUGAGAAGGGCGAAGUGUCCUGGGAUCUUAUUUCUAAUAUUCGUAUCUGGGAAAUAGAGACAGCAACAAGCUUUAAGGCUUUCAUUGACAACUGGAACAUUCAAACAGGAAUUUGGCUUAAAUUUGUGUGCUAUGACCGGGUGUCCCGGUACCGGACGGCUCUGACGUUCGUGCUGUCUGCCUUGUGGCACGGCGUCUACCCCGGAUACUACUUCACCUUCCUCACCGCCAUACCCAUUACUAUGGCUGCCCGUGCUAUGCGUACAAAUAUACGACAUCACUUCCUGUCGUCCAGUGCCCUGAAGUUCAGCUACGACGUGGUGACGUGGGCGGCCACCCAGCUCACCAUCUGCUACACCGUCAUGCCCUUCCUACUGGUGGCAGUGGAGCCCACCAUACUGUAUUACAGGUCCAUGUACCUCCAUGUGCACAUCAUCAGUGUGCUGCUGGCUGUAUGUCUGCCCAGCAAGCCCAGAGGGUCCAGACAGCAGAGCCAGCCCCCGCGCCCGCUCCAACCCCACAGCCUCAACAACAACGUCAAGGCACACUGACAGGCCACACUGCUGCUUUGGACCAGUGAACGGAGUGGGCAGGCUGUGUGUAUAAUGUAGUGUGUGUGUGUGUGUGUGUGUAGAGUGUGCAGACUCUAUGUGUGUAUGUUUGUGUGUGUGUGUGUGUGUUUGUGUUUAUGUCUUUAUAUGAAUGUGUGUGCAUGCGAGUCUGAGUGUAUCU